AUGCCUCGUAACGGAGACGGAUCCAGUGACAACGGACCCAUCGAAGGCCAUGAGAUUCUUCACGGUACAACUGGAGAUAACUCCCUCCAACACACCAAACACGUAGCACCCAUGCCCGAGGGCGAAAAAGGAGACACCCUCCCCGGCCUCUCAGGCGGCGGCACCGCAACCCAAACAUCCACCUCCCAAUCCGACUCGAAAAAGCGCUCAGAACCCCACCACACCUCCCCCUCCCCAACCUCGCACAUCCAGCAAAAACACUCCAAACUAGACACCGACGAAGCCGGCAUCGCGGGCGCGACGUCGCACGACUCGGCGGCGCACGCACGCGAGCAGCGGGUCAAAGAUGCGGUGGGGUCGGAGGAUGUAGGUAGUGGAGCUGGAGGACAUGCGGAUGUGGAGAUGUUGCAUGGGGAGGCUACGUUGGAUGGAGGUGAGCAGGAGAAGGGACAGGGUGGAGGAGCGUGUGAUGCGGAUUUACUGCAGAGGAGGAAGGCUGAGAAGUUUGGGGGUGUCAAUCUACAGGAUGAUGAAGAGGUUGGUGGUGAGAAUAGUGGAGCGAGUGGUACUGCUAAUGGAGGUCCUGUGGGACAUGCUGAUGGCAGUACCAAGGGGAAGACUGAGGAGUCAUUCGGUACGCAUGACAGUGGAGAGAUGCAGGGUAAGAGUAAGGAGCAUGGUCACGAUGUCGGCCACGAGGCGGAUCUGUUGCAGAGGAAGAAAGCAGAGAAGUUUGGGGGCGUGAACCUAGGUGACGAUGAGGCUGAUGCGUCUUCUGUGGGGAAGAGCAAGGCCCAUGGUAGCACUAAUGGGGGAAGCAGUGAUGGCGGCGCUGUUGGCCAUGCGAGUGCUGAGACGCAAUCUGGUGCGCACAACGGAGGCCAUGUGGACAGUGAGACGCACAGCAAGGGCAGUGGACAUGCAGCGGAGGGUAAGAAAAAGGACCACGGCCUUGACCUCGCCAAUGAUGCGGAUUUGUUGCAGAGGAAGAAAGCAGAGAAGUUCGGAGGCGUUAAUCUUAGCGAUGAUUAG